AUGCACUACUUGAGGCACUGCGAAGCGGGAAGGUGGUGCCUAGACGUCUUCGUCAAUGAACCUCAUGUCCGAGAUGAGCUCAGAUCCGGGGAGCUGAGUGAACAGAAAGUCAUCCUACAACCUCACAUGGGUGGCUUGACAGAUGUAGCUUUCCACAAGAGCGAGAAGGAGUGCUUUGAGAACAUCAGAAGUCUGUUCAAGACUGGUAGACCUGUUGCGCCAGUGAAUGAGCUAUGA